ACGCGUGGGGGGCGGGUGAGGGGACCGCCACCAACGGAGCCUUUCUGGUCUCUAGUGGUCGCGGGUGCACGAUUUAAGUCCGAUCGGGGACGAUUGAGAACGAUCGGGAGGCCAUGCCAAAUUAACCAUCCUUCGCACGUACCGAUCACAUCGAAUCUUAACGCCUGCUGGCCCCAGUAUUACGCACAGUUUCUCGUGAAGUUUAGUCGUCUUCGUGCAGUGGUUCUUUGAACGAAUCCAAGUCUUCUUACUUCUGGCAGUUGAGAGCUUGAAAGAUGGAGACUCUCGCGAUUAGAUCCGCAGUGGGUGCGAUCAGGCUGACCACAACUGUAGCAUCGCAAGCCUCUUUUCGGAACUGCACAGUUUCCUCGGCUUUUGUUGGCAAGAACCUUGGUUUAAAGACCUUCCUGAGCACAUCGGCUGUGCCCGUUCAACAGAAGUUGCGUUGCGUACGCGCCGAAGUUGGUGCGAAGACUGUUCCUGUUGUGGCCAAGGCUGCUAACCGCAAAGCCAGCAUCAAGGAUGUUCCUGAAUCGGAAUUUCAGGGGAAGGUAGUAUUUGUGCGAGCAGACUUGAAUGUACCCCUUGAUGAUGCUCGGAUCAUCACCGAUGAUACCCGUAUUCGGGCUUCCCUUCCUACUAUCCAGCAUCUCGUGAAGGCUGGAGCCAAGGUGGUUGUCGCCAGUCACUUGGGCCGCCCCAAGAAGGGUCCCGAGGACAAGUUCAGCCUGAAACCCGUUGCAGGCAGGUUGUCUAAUUUGCUUGGCCAGACUGUGGAAUUGGCGCCUGAUAGCGUUGGUCCUGAAGUUGAAUCUAAAAUCGCCGCAUUGAAGGAAGGACAAGUGCUUCUUCUGGAGAAUGUCCGUUUCUACAAGGAAGAAGAGAAAAACGAUGUGGAGUUCUCUAAGAAACUCGCCAAGAACGUCGAUAUUUUUGUCAACGAUGCUUUUGGCACCGCCCACCGUGCUCACUCUUCCACAGCAGGCAUUGCUGAAUUCGUUCCCAAGUCGGUAGCUGGAUUUCUGCUCGAGAAAGAAUUGGCAUACCUAUCCGGGGCCAUCAAGAGCCCUGCCAAACCUUUUGUUGCCAUCGUUGGAGGCAGCAAGGUUUCAUCAAAGAUUACUGUGAUUGAAUCUUUGAUGAAUGUAUGUGACAAGGUCAUCUUAGGAGGUGGCAUGAUCUUCACAUUCUUUAAGGCAGAUGGUAAGAGCAUAGGAUCCUCCCUUGUGGAGGAGGACAAGAUUGGUCUGGCUAAGAACCUUGUGGCACUUGCAAAAGAGAAGGGUGUUGAGCUUAUCCUUCCAGUCGAUGUCUUGGUCGCUGACAAGUAUGCUCCAGAUGCCAAUACUCAAGAAUGCAGCUCCUCACACAUCCCGGAUGGAUGGAUGGGACUUGAUAUUGGCCCUAAGGCAAUUGAGCAAUUCAAGGAAGCUUUGAAGGGUUCCAAGACUGUCUUGUGGAACGGACCCAUGGGAGUAUUCGAGUUCGACGCAUUCGCCAAAGGUACAUACGCUGUAGCUGAAUCCUUGGCAGGCUUGACCAAAGAGGGUGCCAUCACCAUCAUUGGAGGAGGUGACUCCGUGGCAGCCGUCGAGAAGGCUGGCCUAGCUGACCAAAUGAGCCAUGUAUCUACUGGAGGAGGUGCCAGUCUCGAACUGUUGGAAGGCAAGGUGCUCCCGGGGGUCGCUGCCCUGGAUGGCGCUUAAACAUAUGAUGGGCAAUAUUCCGGCUUUCUGUAGCAGUAGUGUUGUCUACCAUUUCAGGUGGACUGAGUGUGGUGAAUAUGUACAUCACCACUAGUCAUCUAAAUUGUCAUUUUUUGUUUCUUUUCUAGAAUGACUUUCGUUCUGCAGUUAUACUAUGUGAACCAUCUCAGAAUUUUGUCCUGUAAAAUUGUGUGCACAUACUAUCUGUGGAGAAUGCAGUCACUUAGAUGCAGAUCACUGGAAUUCAUGUCUUCUUCACUCGGGUUUUUUGAGGAAUUCGAAAUUGUGCUCCACUGUUACUAGUC